AUGCCUGUAAGAAGAGGUCACGUUGCGCCACAAAACACAUUCCUUGGAAUAAUAAUUCGGAAAUUCGAGGGUCAGAACCGGAAAUUUGUGAUAGCCAAUGCCAGGGUGGAGAACUGUGCAAUCAUCUACUGCAACGAUGGCUUCUGUGAGAUGACAGGCUUCUCCCGACCAGACAUCAUGCAGAAGCCGUGCACCUGUGACUUCCUCCAUGGUGACCUGACUGACAAAGAGGCCAUCAGCCAGGUGUCCCAGGCUGUGCUCGGGUCUGAGGAGCGCAAGGUGGAGAUCACCUACUACCGUAAGGAUGGAACUGACUUUCAGUGUAACACUCACAUAAUUCCAGUGAAGAAUGAGGAGGGCGUGGUGAUGAUGUUUAUCUUAAAUUUUGAUUACGUUGUGGAUGAGGGAAGUGACAGCUCAACAGAGAAGAUAAGCCCCACGUCCCCUACAAAGUCAGAUCAAAGGAGGAGUAGAUUCUUCCGCUUCCGCCAGGCUGCUUUGAGCCUAAUGAAUACCAACAAGCAAUCUCUUCCGCAAGAGGACCCAGAUGCUGUGAUGGUGGACUCACCCAAAGAGAAUGAAGACUCAGUGGCCCUACAGAGCUUCCCUUCACCCACCAAGAGCAUUUGUAGUCCCAUCGAGGCAAAUGACACACAUGCCCUCAUAGGCUCAAGCCACCACUCUUCCCAGGCAAGCGUCGGCCCCGAACCACUUGACCAUUCAUCCCCUAAACUCCCCUGGGAGAAGCUGUACCAGACGGAGCCGCACCAAUCCUCUACCUCCCUCUCAAACACCUUCCCCAGAGGCAGCAUCAGCAGCAUGAGGCGAGCCUCAUCGGUUCACGAAAUUGAGGCUUAUAGCUGCAAUUCCAAAAGCAUAUUCAGGGAUCGGCAUACAAGUGAAGGCCCUUUUAAUCACGUGAAGUCCAGCCUGCUUGGCUCUACCUCUGAUUCUAACAUCAACAAGUAUAGCACCAUCAACAAGAUCCCUCUGAUUGCACUCAACUUCUCUGAGGGGACUGAUAAAAAGACUCAUUCGCCGCCAACAUCUGAGAAAGCCAUUAUAGCACCAAAGGUCAAAGACAGAACUCACAAUGUCACAGAAAAAGUCACACAGGUCCUGUCGCUUGGAGCAGAUGUGCUGCCGGAGUACAAACUCCAGACAGCCCGCAUUGACAAGUUCACCAUCCUCCACUACAGCCCGUUCAAAGCCGUGUGGGACUGGCUGAUCCUGCUGCUGGUUAUUUACACAGCAAUCCUCACUCCCUACUCUGCUGCUUUUCUUCUCAAUGACCAAGAGGAGCAGAAGAGACGUGAAUGUGGAUACUCCUGCAGUCCUCUUAAUGUAGUGGAUUUAAUGGUGGACAUUAUGUUCAUCAUUGACAUCCUGAUAAACUUCAGGACCACUUACGUAAACCUGAACGAGGAGGUGGUCAGCCAUCCAGCUAAGAUAGCGAUCCACUACUUUAAAGGCUGGUUCCUUAUAGACAUGGUGGCAGCAAUCCCCUUUGACCUUCUUAUCUUUGGCUCAGGAUCUGAUGAGACUACCACCCUGAUUGGCCUGUUGAAGACAGCUAGACUCCUGCGAUUGGUGCGUGUAGCCAGGAAACUGGACCGCUACUCUGAGUAUGGAGCUGCAGUCCUCAUGUUGCUCAUGUGCAUCUUCGCCCUCAUUGCCCACUGGCUAGCCUGCAUAUGGUACGCCAUCGGCAAUGUGGAGAAGCCCUACUUAGAGCACAAGAUUGGCUGGCUGGAUAAUCUGGGCGUGUCCAUAGGAAAGAGAUACAACUAUAGCGAUCCUAGCUCUGGUCCAUCUAUCAAGGACAAGUAUGUCACAGCGCUUUACUUCACCUUCAGCAGUCUGACCAGUGUGGGCUUUGGAAAUGUUUCCCCAAACACCAACUCAGAGAAGAUUUUUUCCAUCUGUGUCAUGCUGAUUGGCUCCCUAAUGUAUGCCAGCAUUUUUGGAAACGUCUCUGCCAUCAUCCAGAGGUUGUACUCGGGUACGGCCCGUUAUCAUGCUCAAAUGUUGCGGGUGAAGGAGUUCAUCCGCUUUCACCAGAUUCCCAACCCACUGAGGCAAAGGCUGGAGGAGUACUUCCAACACUCGUGGACCUACACCAACGGCAUUGACAUGAACACGGAGGUGUUAAAAGGUUUUCCUGAGUGCCUGCAGGCAGACAUCUGCCUUCACCUCAACAGGAAUCUUCUUCACAACUGCAAAGCAUUCCAAGGAGCCACCAAAGGCUGCUUGAGGGCCUUAGCCAUGCGCUUCAAAACCACUCAUGCCCCUCCUGGAGACACCCUGGUCCACGGUGGUGAUGUGCUCACUGCUCUCUACUUUCUGUCCCGCGGCUCUAUUGAGAUCCUGAAAGAUGACAUUGUGGUAGCCAUCCUGGGAAAAAAUGACAUCUUUGGAGAAAUGAUCCAUCUGUUUGCCAAGCCUGGGAAGUCCAACGCUGACGUGCGAGCUCUGAGUUACUGUGACCUCAGCACCAUUCAGAGGGAAGAUCUGCUGGAGGUGUUAGACAUGUACCCAGAGUUCGCUGACUGCUUCUUCAACAACCUGGAGCUUACCUUCAACCUCAGAGAUGAGUCUGCCAAGGCCUCCGGUUCCCAAGACGAUGAUUCAGAGGACGAGGGCACUAAAAGCAUUAAAAGAAGAAUUUCCUUCACCCCAGAUCUAUCUAAAGGGGAAAACAAGGAAGUGGUUAAAGACAUGGGGAGGGAGAGGGAGUCCAACUCGUGCCUAAAGAGAUGUUCAGGAGUCCUGGGUCCCUCUUCACCCACUCCCCCAGUCCUGGACUCAGAUCUUAUUGUCAGAGACAGUUUAGAGAGAAGUCCAUCUUUUGAAGAUCUGUGCUGUGAUAAAUGGGCCUGUAAGAAGCCUACGGACUACCUGGAUGAGUCAGCACACUUCCAGGACCUGAGAGAAGAUGAUAACUCUGCCAGCGAAAUCACGUAUGGAGAGGUGGAACAGCGCUUAGGUCAGCUCCAAGAGCACUUAAACAGGCUGGAGUCUCAGCUGAUGUCAGAUAUUCAGACCAUCCUGCAGCUGCUACAGAGGCAGCCGACUCUGGGACCUCCAGCCUACAGCACUGUGACUGCCAGUCCAGACUAUCACAGACCUGCAGUGAAGGUUCAGCCAGUUGCUCUGACUGCAAGCCAUUUUUUCAGCCAUACAGGAACUCAAGGCCCCAACCACAAACUAGAGAGCACCAUUCAGGAAUCCAAAGACUCUCUGUCAAGCUUGGCCAACGUGAAUGCACCCAUCGACGACAGCCUUACAGCACUGCUUGUACAAAGACAUACGGGGCCACAACAACAGCAACAACAGCAACAACAGCAACAACAGCAGCGACAACAACAGAUCACAGGGCAUCAGCAUUCUGCAUUGAUCCUUCUUCCAACUGAAACCUCCUCCACCUCCUCCUCCUCUUCCUCCCCAUCCCCUUCUGACUCCAACCUCAACACCACUGGACUCCAUAGACCUGUUUCAGACCCAGAGUUUCCAGGACCGUAA